AACAUUGCAGGCUAGCGCAGAUCAAACUAGAACAUCGCUAGUGAACAUCCGGGAUAUCUGGGAUGUAAUGUAUGAGAUCAAUAUGGCGGCGAGUACAUUCUCCUGAAUGUGUUUGACAAGAAAUAUUCAUCAUGAAGAUUGACAGGAGUAAAUUGAAAAAGAGCACUUCUGAAGUGCCCUUUGACUGUCAGGCUUUGAUAGAGAGACUGAAAACCAGCAAUGAUCUCCUGUCAGAGCUACAAGGAAUCAAAUCAUGGAACUAUGGCAAGUGUGAGUUGUACCACUGGGUGGAUGUCUUGGACAGGUUCGAUGGCAUCCUGGAAGAUGGUUGCUCGGCACCACCUGACCAGCCAUGGCGGCUGUCAUGUGACCAAUCCCAGAAUACCCGCCUUCGGGACUCUGUACACAGUGUGCUUACCUUCACAGCUCUGCUCAUUGAGCACAGCUUCUCUAGGCAUCUCUACAGCUCUGUUGAGCAUCUUACAACUCUUCUAGCUUCCAGUGACAUGAACACUGUAUUAGCUGUCUUGAACUUGGUGUAUGUUUUCAGUAAAAGGUCCAACUUCUUGAUCAAGCUGGGUGCGGAGAAAAGGAAGGAGCUCUUCAGCAGGCUGACCUACCUAGCAGAGAGCUGGGGUGGCAAAGAAAAUGGCUUCGGCUUGGCAGAGUGCUGCAAGAAGACCUCCAAACAGGGAAUCCCUCCAAGUGCCACAACUCUCCAUUUUGAGUUUUACUCAGAAAAUCCAGCAGAAGAAAAGGUUUCAUCUAAGAAGCAUUCAGUCCAGGCAGUUACAGUUCUUCACUUGGAACACGUAGACAAACUUGCACAUGACCCAGUAGACAUCAUGGAAGAUCAGCUGUCACAGCACAAUGUUCCCAAAGACAAACUGAUGCUUCUAUUCACGCACAUACGGCUAGCACAUUGCUUCUCUAACCAUCAAAAGAGAUUACAGUGUGUACAAGCUAGGCUACAAGCCCUCUCUGUCCUAGUCUAUUCAAGUGCAAUCCAAGAAAUCUCUAGCUCUUUGUUGUAUAGUGGCCUCAUAGAGGAAUUAGUUGAUGUUCUCCAGCUUGAAGAUGUAAAGCUUGUGGAUAUAAAAUCUGCUUCUCUUAGAACUCUUACUUCAGUCAUUCACCUAGAUAGAAAUCCAGAGCUUAUUAGCAUAAUAGACGCAACUGGUGCUGCCUCUUAUCAUGGGUUCUUACCUGUUAUGGUCCGGCAGUGUAUACAAGCCAUGAUCGAUCCUAACAUGGAGUCAUUCCCCCACAGCCUUGCCACUUCUCUCUUCUCAUUCUUAUAUCAUCUAGCCAGUUAUGAAACAGGUGGUGAGGCCUUAGUGUCUUGUGGUAUGAUGGAAUCUCUUCUCAAAGUCAUCAAAUGGCCAGGAGAAGAUGAGCAGCUGCAUACAACGUUUGUGACAAGGGCUGUACGUGUAGUUGAUCUGAUCACCAACCUUGACAUGGCAGCCUUCCAGACCCACGGCGGACUCUCCACAUUCAUCAACAGACUAGAGCAUGAGAUUGGCAUAUGUCGGAGGGAUGUACCCUACGUCAUCAAACCAACGAUUCGGACGUCCCAGGAUGCCAUCCACUCCGCCCCGCCCUCCCCGUUCUCAGAAGACAGCACCACCAUGGAGACAGACAGUCCCUCAGAUGGACAGAGGGUCAAUGAGGGUGCUUCUACAAGCUCAGGCACGGGCAAGGAAGAGGGCGGCUCAAGGCCAAAGAAGGGUAGAUCAGCAACCCAGUGUUUCCCUCAGAGAGCAGCCCUGCUGAAAUCCAUGCUCAACUUCCUCAAGAAAGCUAUCCAAGAUCCUUCUUUCUCUGACAGCAUUAGGCAUGUUAUGGAUGGAUCAUUACCCAGCUCAUUGAAACACAUCAUUAGCAAUGCUGAAUACUACAGUGCAUCGCUGUUUCUCCUUGCUUGCGAGCUAGUUACUGUGUAUGUGUUUCAAGAACCAUCGCUACUAUCAUCACUACAAGAUACAGGGCUCACUGAUGUCAUGCUGCAUGCCCUUCUUAUCAAAGACGUCCCUGCAACCAAAGAGGUGUUGGGUUCCCUACCUAACAUCUUCAGUGCCCUGUGCCUCAACUCCAGGGGUCUGGAUGCAUUCAAUCAGUGCAAGCCAUUUGAAAAGCUCUUCAAAGUCCUCCUGUCUCCAGUCUACCUGCCAGCUAUGAGAAGAAGAAGAACAAAUGAUGCAUUAGGAGACACUGCAUCAUCGCUAGGUAGUGCCAUGGAUGAGUUGAUGAGACAUCAGCCCUCUCUCAAAGAUCAUGCAAUGAUGGCUAUCAUCAAGCUGAUGGAAGAUAUAUGCAGCAUGGGGCACAACCCUAACAUUGUGUGCAGUCGAUCGGCGGUGAAGGCCAAGACACCUGCAUCUAACCAGUCUCAAGCAACCAAUGGAGAUGACACAUCGAGUGAUGACGAAGACGAAGAAGACGAGGUACCCACAUCUGUCAGGGAGCAGGAGUCUAAGAUGGUCACACCCGUCCAACCUCAAUCCACAGACCCUAAUGAAAAGACUCCUGUACCUCUUAUGGACUACAUUCUCAAUGUGAUGAAGUUUGUUGAAGCCAUCCUCUGUAAUAAUGCAACCGAUGAUCACUGCUGGGAGUUUGUGAGUCAUCGUGGUCUAGAACCCCUGCUCAAAUUCCUGCGACUGCCCAACCUACCCAUAGACUUUCCCACCAGUAGUGCCUGCCAGUCCGUUGCUAGUGUAUGCAAAGCCAUUCUGUCACUUGCAAGAGAGUCUGGUGUGUUGAAGGAAGGCCUUCUAAUGCUGAAAGAAGAGCUCACUGCCCUGAAGCCUCUCCAGCUCCCCCUUGAACCCCCGGGUGGAUCCAUCCUUCUCAGGGAGCUAGUAAACUCGCCAAACUUCACUGGUGCUCCCCUAGGAGCUCCUACCACUCCACUUCUCAGGGCGAUGGUCUCCGCUCACUCCUAUGUCACCAUGCUAGUACAUGUUUGCAGAGUCGGACAGACUGAUGUGAGGACUAUCUCAGUUAACCAAUGGGGUUCAGAUCUCGGACAAGAGGUAUUACGUCACUUGAGUCAUCUGUACAUCUCAUUGGUUUGGGAGAGCAUAGUUCUCCUGGCACUGUUCACCCCAGGCACCCUCCCAGAGGGCUGUGAACUAGGCAAGCUAGAACGGGAGAAACUUCUCCCCAAGGACUUCACCAAGGACUCUUCGGAUGCUACCACUUCCGCAGCAUCCGCAUCAACCAGUAAAUCUGAUAGCAAUGCAAGGACUAGUGAAAUAGAUCCGGUCAUCGAAUCAGCAAGCACACUCAUGGACGUCAGUGAUGCCCUGUCAACCAUGGAGGUGGAUGAUUCUAAAGAAGGGGCCAAGGACCCCAAGGCACGGCCCAAACCCAAUGCUCAGAUGCUCCAGCUGGUGAAGCAGGCCAUGCCAGUGCUCUAUGCACCCUCUAGACUUGGGAAAGCACUCUCUGAGUUGUUUGGUUUGCUUGUGAAGCUCUGCGUCGGGUCAUCGGUCAGACAGAGAAGCAGGCAACACCUGCAUCCCAAUCCUAGCCCUCCAUCUGAAGCAGCCAGGAAUACAGCCAAGGUUCUCAUGGAACUGCUACUCAACAGUCUUUCAUGGACUCCUCCACCAGCUAGCCCACUGCCAAAAUUCAGGGUAACAUUCUACAUCUGUGCUGUUAGCUUUGCAUCUCCUAUGCUGUUUGAUGAGAAGAAGAAUCCUUAUCAUCUCAUGCUACAGAAGUUUGUCAGCACAGGAGCUCAUGCAGCUCUCUUUGAUGCAUUCCAUUGGGCAGUCACCAUGGGUGGUAAGAUGAGAGCCUCAGAGUGUAUGGAACAUCCAGACCUUCCAGAGGGAACAGGAGAGUUCAUUGAUGCAUGGCUGUCUCUCAUAGAGAAGCUGGUCAACCCAGAGUCGGUGUUGGACUCUCCGCAUGCCAUGCCUGCCAAGGGUACAGUUCCUGGCUACACACCCUUCAAUCCUGUUCAGUUCCUCAUCAAUACACACAAGUCUGCAUUCAAUGUGAUCAUGAACCUGUGGGGUUGCCGAUCUCUGAAGUCUCUGGGCAACCAUACAGCUGAGAGCCUCCUGGCCAUCCUAUGCCACAUCGUACGCGGUGAAUCCGUCAUUGCUGAGCGGGUCAAGCAGGCCAAGAGUGAGGAGGCUGGGAGUAGCGCUGCAGAGGGGUCAUCAACCGGUGGGCCUAGCACAUCAUCAGGUUCGGCUGGUUUCAGUAGGGCGACGCGGGGGCUGUUUGAGUCUGGAUUCCUGACUGGGUUGAGCAGGACCAGUAGCAGACCACGAGCUGAACCCAAUGAGGACCAUGUCAGACAGCUGAUGGACAUGGGCUUCACAAGGGAGCAUACGUUAGAGGCUCUACAGCAGUCUACCACCCUUGAAAGAGCAGCUGAGUGGGCUCUUACACAUCCACCAAGACUUCCUCAGACUUUUGGAACAGGACUGAGUGAAGAGGAAGAAAUGAUGCAAGCCAUAGCUAUGUCUCUUGGAGAAGCAAUCCAACCAUCAGUAGAUCAACAGGAGGAGGAAAAGAAGAAGAAAGAGGAGGAGGAACGUAAGAAGAAAGAAGAGGAAGAAAGGAAGCAGAAGCUGAUGGAGGAACAAGACAAGAUUCCAGAGGAGGCUCCACUUGAUAAGGCUAUCCUCAAUGAGUUUGUGGAUUCUAUGCUACCAGGAUGUCUCAAGCUGCUGGAUGAUAUUCCAGAAACUGUUUACAGAGUGUGUGAUCUACUAGUGGUGGCCAAUAACAGGAAUGGCACUGAAUGGAGGGACAAGAUGCUCGAAAUGGUUAUCAGUCAGAUAUCUGAGAAUGCUCGGUUGUUGUGCAAUAGCUUUGCCAGUAUUUUAGUGGAUCCAGCUGGAGUGACGGAUCCGAAGGUCAUAGAAAACUUAUCAUCAUGUCUGGCCUCUAGAAUUCACCUUCUCUGCCUUCUCUUCGAGGAGAUUCGGAUGGCUUGUGCUCAGAGAGUGGAGGCCUCAAACAUCCUUGAUACACUCAUUACACUGCUCUACACUGCACAAAAAUGGAUGGCUCAGAUGAAGCUCACCAAAACACCGAAGUGGAUGGGUCCAGCAAUGCUUCUUAUUGAUCUCUAUGAGAAAACUGUCCUCACAUGCAAGAGGAAGGUGGCACAACAGGGUGCCUCCCAUACCUGGAAGUGGUUCGAUGACUCCACCGGCCGCUGGUGUACCUACAGCCGUAGUAACAACAAGACCAUAGACGAUGCUUACUGGGCAGGCAAACCUAGUGUGAAGUUCACUGCUGCCAGGAGAAGAUAUGUUGUACACUUCAACACCAUGAUACAGGUGAAUGAAGAGACGAUGAACAAGAGGCCCAUCAUGCAGGCCUUGCCCGCCCCAAAGACUGAGGAAGACAAAGGUGAUAAGAAGGAGGACGAUGGAGAGAGAGAAGCCAAGAAACUCAAGACCAGUGAGAGUCUGGAAUCUGCUGCAAAAGCAGAAGUUGCAGGAACAAGCCAAGAGAGUAAGGAUGAAACCAUUGCCAAAGAACCUGAAAUCGUUGAGAUUCAAGGACUAGGAGACAAAGAAAUUCCAACUCUGAUCAGGGCAUGCGUUGGUCUGAUCGGCGUGCCAGUGGAUCCAGACACCAUGCAUGCCGUCCUGAGGAUAUGCCUACGCUUCACCCGGGAUCAUACCAGCGCCCUCCUGUUUGCAGAGCUCGGUGGACCACGUCUCUUGCUCUCUCUCACCCAAGCAUCCUCCUUCAAUAGCUUCCCAAUCCUAGCCAACCUACUUCUCAGACAUGUCUUUGAAGAGAGGAUGGUGCUUCAGAAUACAAUGGACAAGUUAAUCUAUGCAGUAGCCAACAAGGGAGUUGGAUGCAACACAUGCAAUGUUGCACUGGGCAGUGUGGGAUGCAGAGAAAUGAACUUUGUUCUCAGGAAGCUUGGACCUUUAGCGUGUCGGGACCAGGAACUGUUCAUGAACUCGGCUAGAGGUAGCCUCAAGAUCGCUCUUCCUCCUGCAAAGAGGGGAGAAGAGGAUGAAUCUCGCUACACAGGACCCAAUGCUCUACAGCUCUUGAAGGCCUUGGCCCCUAAGACCUUCACACCACCUACUCUGAAUGGACCUAUGCUGCAGGUUCUCUGCGAUCUCCUGGAUGCCUUGAUUGUACCUGUCCUACCUUCACAACAAGAAGACAAGGAAGCAAAGUCUAAACAACCACAACCAACAGCCACAGCCUCGGCCAGUGCUCCUGCAGCCACUGGAGUGGCUAGUGCCGAAGGGGCAGUUGCAGCUGCUGCUGCGGCUGCCGCUGCUGCAGUCUCUGACAUCCAAACAUCAGAAGACAUAGGAAUGGGACUAAGGGAAAUUGGAGACAGACUGCUUGGGAUCUACAGCGGAAGGAGAGGUCCUCCAAGAACAGCAGAGAGGCUCAACAGUGUCCCUGAUGGUGCUGUACAAGAAGAGCCUCAUGAUGCUUCAACAUCCGGUGCUGAGGCAGGGAGCCCCCCUGUAACCACGGACUCCAAGAAGACUCCUGCCUCAUCAGCAGGAACAACUGGACAGACCCCCUCUAAAGAUGAAACAUCCAAGAGCAAACUCCUGAUCCCCAAGUCGGCCAUCUUACGUCUGCUGGCCGAGCUGGUCAUGUCGUAUGCAGGCAUUGCGCAGGCCGUGGCCCAGUACCAGUACAUGGUUGGUCAGGCAAAGCAUGUUAAAGAGGAUGGAGCUGCACUGGCAUACAUCUUGGACCAUCUACUACCACAGUGCCAGAAGGCAGGGGACAAGGACUGUCCUGGCCUGGCUCAGGUUCUGCUUGCCAGUAUAGCUGCCAGUAACCAUAGUCCAGAUGCUCAGAUGCUCCUUGUCACAGAGAUCAAGGGGGCCCUUGGGAGAGCCUUGGCUAUGCCAGAAAGCAGUGAGAAACAUUCUCGCAUUCAAGCACUUACAAUGUUGAUCAGUGUGAUGAUCGAGGCAUGUCCAUCCUCCAGCUCCGCCCAUCAGACAACGAUCGGAACCACAUCUUACAAGAACCAGCUCGGUGGUAUGAACAUCAUCACCAGGCUUCUACUUCGCAAGGGACUCGUCACAGACCUAGCCCGGGUCCCUCACUCCCUGGACCUAUCCAGCCCAAACAUGGCCUCCACAAUCAACUCAGCCCUCAAACCUCUGGAGACGCUGUCAAGGAUUGUCAACCAUCCACCGGUCGGACUGCGAGGGAUCGGUAGGAUCAAGAAUGGUGCACACAUCAUCGAUCCAAGGUCUGCCUCUACUGCUGAUGCUACUGGAGGUACAGGGCUGCGUUGUAGCAUGGAUGCAGCCAUCCAGCGCUCAGCACAGGCUGGUGGUGGUGGUGGUGUCGGUGGCCGUCGUGCCCAUACAGAUCGGGAGUCUGUUGCUAAUGUGUUGGGAGUACAGGAUGACACCCAAGAUUCUACAGACUUAGAUGAUCAGGCAGAUCUUGAGUGCAUUGUUGAUGAGCUGCUUGAAGGGACUGGUGGAAGCAGGGCUGAGGUUUUAGGAGAAACCCUCAUCGCCACAGGACCUGAGAGACUGGGAUCCCUCAGAUCAGCCUUUGUGGAUCAAGCAGGUGAAGCAUCCCAAGAUGAGAUGGUAAUCACCAUGACGGAUGAUGGAGAGGAGAUGGACCAAUCUCUAGGUGAUGCAGAGAUGAGAAGUCAGCAUAGUCACGAAGGAGUCAGAACAGACAUCGAUGCUGAUGAUGACAGUGUUCAGGAUGAAGAUUCUGCGGCUGAAAGUGAUUCUGAUGAAGGCAAUGAAGAUAGACAGGAUGAAGGUGAAGAAGACGAGGAGGAUGAAGAGGACGACGAGGAGGAAGAAGAGGAAGAUGAAGAGGAUCACGAUGACGGCUCGGAGAUGGAUGCAGAAGACUAUGACAUCACUGAAGAUCUGGACUACUUCAGGGUCGGUGAUCGGGAUGAGGAUAUGUGGGUUGGAGACCCAGAUGAGGACAUGCUGAUUCAAUUGGAUCCUGUAUUCUCAGGUGUUCCUGCAUCAAUAAGAACGUACCAACUUCCUGUGGCUAUCCAUGAAGAUACCAGGAAUGCAAAUGAUGUCUCAGCUCCUAACAUCCCGGUCCCUCCAAGCGUAAUCUCAGCCAGCCACCCCCUCCUGGUCAGACACAGUGACCACACGAACCUGACCCACGGUGUGAGCCAGACCAAUCGUAAUCAGAGGGUCGCUAGACAGAGGGUCAAUCGUCAUGGUACAACACAGACUGUUCACAUCUACCACUCUGGAGCAACAAGGCCACCCAAUGUCCAGAAUGUCCUGAGCAGGCAUUACAAUUCCUCCCUACCCAGGCUGCUGGGCCUGUCAUCGUCGACUGACAUCGUCCAGCUGACCACCACAAGCACGGGUCAGGGAAACCAGACCAGGGUGUACGUUGCCAACUCUGGAGAGGACAUCAACCAGAACCGAGAGGAGGUGUCCGAUAUCUUUGAGGAGGGGUACAACAUGGGGUAUUUCAGCGGUUCCAACUUCCUAUCUGUGGUGCCUCCUGUGUACAGACGAUGGGACGAAGAGAGCAAGGUGCUAGAUGGAAGAAGUGUUCAUGAUUGUGUGCAGGCCCUCAAACCUGAAAUCAUUAGUGUUCUGGAGAAGCAUCGUGACGAAGAGCUGACAGAACGAAAAGAAAAGAGAAAGAAACAGGCAGAGGAAGACGCCAAGAAGAAGGUAGAGGAUGAGGCCAAGAAGAAAGCUGAAGAAGAAUUGAAGAAGGCUGCAGAGGAAGCUAGGAAAGCAACAGAAGCAAAGGCUGGGGUUGCAAAGUCAGAGGAGGAAAGCAAAGAGAAGGAAGAAAAUAUGGAGGUUGGUGAAAGCAGUGAUCAGCCCAAGGAAGCAGAAACGGCUACAAAUCUAUCAACAACAGCUCCUUCACAGCCACCCAGAUCAGGGAUAGAUAUGGGUCAACUUGUCGCAAGUGUUGCCGAGUCCGCCCUUGGCAGUGCCAUCUCUUCUGCCCUAUCGGCAGCAGCUCUAACCAACACCAUUACAACAUCCACUACAACUGCUGUCACCACUACCGCUGCUUCAGACAUGGCUGCCACUCCAACUGACACUGCCCUGUCAGUGGCCGCAUCCUCUCUUUUAAGUAGCAUGGAAUCAAGAUCUUCAGCACCACUUCAACCUGGACUGACACGUGUGCCACAGCUCGUAACAGUGACGGCAAACUCACCAACCCCAACUUCAACGGUAUCAGCCUCCCAGCCAUGGGGUCUAUUCCCCCAAUUAAUACCGGCAACUCAUCCAUCAUCAGGUGAUGCCACUCAAUCCAAUGCAACCACUACUACCACUAUCACCACCACUUCCACCAACAUCACCGCUGCUGCCACAGCCACACUAACCACCAUGUCCACCAUCGCUGCAACCCCUACCAUGGCUUCAGCAUUGUCAGCCAUUGCAUCAUCAUCAUCAUCCUCAUCCCUUUUAUCAUCAGCCCAAGCCCCUCCUUGGCAGACCUCCAGGCCAACCACCUCCAUCUUUGCUUCACUCAUCGAAUCAGACAUGAUGGAAGUACCCUUACCAUCUGUGCCAAAUCCACAAGGUUCAUCAAGUCCAAUUGUUAGCAGUAGCAUCACAAUGUCUGCUACAUCAGCUAACAGACCCGAUCACACAGAGACACCUGGGAACAUAUCUGGGGUCAGUGGUCUACCAGAGGGUGUAGAUCCAUCGUUCCUUGCUGCUCUACCAGAGAACAUCAGGCAAGAAGUCCUCCAGGAACACCUGGGUAUACGCAAUGCCCCUCAUCAGGCUGCCACACAAGCAGCAUCUACCCCUCCAUCAGCUCCAGGCGAACCUGCAAUUUCACUUAGUCAGGUGAACCCCGAGUUCUUAGCUGCUCUGCCACCACAUAUACAAGAAGAGGUACUUGCACAAGAACGAGCUGAACAGCAACGUCACACCCUGGCUGCCCAGAGUAGCACAUCCGCUCCUGUUGUACCCGCUGAACCAGUGGACCCUGCAGCCUUCAUCCAGAACCUGCCCCCUGGACUCCGUCAGACAGUCCUUGCCGACAUGGACGAUAGUGUGCUUGCAGUUCUUCCUGCUGACAUCGCUGCUGAAGCCCAGGCUCUCCGACUGGACCGCGUCCUGAGACAUCGUCAGCUCAUGCAGGAUCGACUGCUGAGGGAGACUGGUAUGCUGAGUGCUAUCCUCCGCUAUUCAGGUUUGCAAGGUCGAUUGGGGCAUGGAAUGAACUACUAUCGUUUGUCUGUACCCCGUCAAACAGGCCAGUCAUGGGGUUGGGGAGGUAGUGGUUCCAAUCGAGGCGGCAGUCACUCCAGACAGCAAGGAGUGUUUAGUUCAAUCACUCAGAACCAGGGCAGACAGCUGGUGGACCUUGAGGCUCUGACCUGCCUUCUGGUACUCCUAUUUGUCAAUGAACCCAAGCUUAAUCUGGUACGUCUGCUACGAGUGCUUCGUAACCUGAGCUUCCAUCAGCCUACAAGGCAGUGGAUCCUUCAGGCUUUACUCAGCAUCAUGGAGCGCACCAAGGCCUGUAAGACACAAGGUGAUGGCAAGGUAGCAAGUGCCGAAGCAGAUAUGAUGCCCCUGCAGAAGAUGGACUCUGGUUCAGGAAAGGCUUAUCAGCAGCCUUCCUGGCUCUCAAUCAGCAUGGACGCUGCCUUAGGAUGCCGUGCUAGUGUCUUCAAGGUGCAAAGGUCCAGCAAAAAGAGCUCUGACAAGCAAGGUUCUCUAGUUUGCAUACACCCGCAAGUAGCACCAAUGGUGUGCAGACAUGUCAUGGACGCUCUCCUUGCUCUAGCCAAGGAGUUUCCAUACCAAUUUAUUCCCAUAGCGAGCAAGAAAGACUCUCUCAAAGACUUCUCAGGGAUUCCUGGUUUAUCAAAUAUGAGUAGUAGUGCCUCUAGCAACAAUGAACGUAAGUCAACGCUCACUUCCAGUCAAGAAAUGGGUGAGGAAGCAAAGACAAGUGCAAGUCAGGGUGAUUCCAAAGCUAGUAACAAAAUAGAAUUGGACUUCUGGGACCUUCUGGUACGACUGGACAACACCAGUCAGGGCAGGAAAGGCAAAGUGACAUCCCGGCCUUCAACGGUUCCUGCAGCAAAGGAAGGCCAGGACCCAGAUACUAGUAAUUCAGCUCUUUCCAAACUGAUGGCUAUGCUGUCGCACCCUGUGGUGAAGCGUAGUACAGCUCUCACUGACAAGCUCCUACAUCUGCUGUCCAUGGUAACCAGCUCCUUACCAGAUGGAGACAAGGAUAAGAUCAGCAGUCUGCAGUCUGGUGUCAUACGGAGACCAAACUCAUACCUGUCAGAUGCGGUCAGAAGCUCAUCAAAUCGAUCCUCGUCUAUCUUGGCUGUAGCAGCGCCCUCUUGUGGUGACCAGUCAAGCAGAGGACAAGCCGCCAGUGAGGACACCAGUAGUUCAGCCAUCACUCCUCCUGUAGGUAGUCCCAUGGAUACUGCCUCACAAGAGCUUCCAAGUACACAGAGUGUCAAUGAGGAAGAGUCAUCAAGCAGUAAGACAGAACCUCCGGUCCCUGAGAAGACAUUGGUAGAUGAAAACCUCCUCCAGUUAGCUGUUGAGGUGUUGACAGCACAUACCUGUUCAGAAGAUGGUCUUGAGGAUGCUACCACAAUGUUGAUGCAGUUAUCUAGGGGUCACUCUACCACUAGGGAAGCUGUCCUGAGACUCUUACUCCGAGGAGCACAAGAACUUGGCCAGACGCUCUGCAGAGAUAUUUUGAAGCUCCAUCGUGAGGUCCAGGAUUACCGAGCAAGACAGCUCCAGACAGACACAUCCCCCGAAGAUCCAGACGAUAGCAAUACCAACUCGGCCUCUGGUACCUCCUCGACUGUCUCAGCCCUUCAGGGCUACAUCACAGAUCGCUACAGCCCCAGCACAAGUAUUGUUAUCAAUGCCCCUACCACAGGCGCCAAGAGAACCGGCUUUGAGCUUCGGUUGCAAUCCAUGGGACUCUUUACGGGCAAGACUUCAAACCAGAACUUCCUGCUGAGGAUGCUCAAGGUCAUCAUCCAGCUGCGAGAGGUCGCCAAGAAGGCUAAGCGGGUUGCUGAUAUUCAGAGAUUGGGUGGUCCUAACAUUGCUGCUGCUGUAGCUGCCCUGGAAACCAAUGCUACAGAGCUGAUGCAGAUGAUGAGUAGACGCAGCACAGUCCCAGCGAGUAGCAGACAGACUGACAGACAGAACAGCCAGACAUCACAAGGGGCAUCUGGUGCAGAGACAAGCUCAGCUGCUAGCACGCCAUCAGGCACAGCCAACACCACACCAGUCACGGAACAGCCACCACCUGUCGCCUCAUCCACAGUCACUGACACUGGAGAGGUGGUGAAUCCUGGACGCACUCCCUCUGCACCUGCAGAAACACCCAUGGAGGUAGACUCUGUUGUUCAACUGCCAGAAGGGGUGGGAGCACGACAACUGGAGCGACAAGCAUCAACCAGCACCACGUCCAGUCAGAAACAUGAGGAUGAUGACGAUGGUCCUCAGCUGAGUGACCUCCUAGGCCUGGAGGAGCUGUGGGACACCCUUAGCACAUGUCUUACAGAGCUCUCCCUCACACCAGACACCCAUGCAGUGCUUGUCCUACAACCUGCUGUAGAGGCCUUUUUCCUCGUCCAUGCCUCUGACAAGGAUGCCGGCAAGGCAUCCGCCGCCGCUGCACCCGAAUCCUCUCAACCCUCUGCCUCCUCAUCCUCACAGGCCCUUCAUAGAGAAGGGCUCACCAGUAGUGCCUCCGACAUGGGUCCCAUCUCACCCAUGCCAAAUACUGCAGGAUUCUUUGCCAGGGAGAGCUCAGUCACGUCCAUCGUUACUCCUAACAUGCCGUGUGAUAUACAGAAGUUCUUAACAUUUGCAGAGAAACAUCGCAACGUGCUGAACCAGAUCCUUCGCCAAUCUACCAUCCAUCUCUCCGAGGGGCCUUUCUCCGUGCUCGUCAACCACGUACGCAUCCUCGACUUCGACGUCAAGAGACGUUACUUCCGUCAGGAGAUGGAGCGAGGUGACGAAGGAAUGCGGCGAGAAGACAUGGCUAUCCAUGUGAGAAGGGAGCAUGUGUUUGAGGACUCGUAUCGUGAGUUGCACCGUCGUACCCCGGAGCAGUGGAAGAACCGCUUCUAUGUGGUCUUUGAGGGAGAAGAAGGCCAGGAUGCUGGAGGACUGCUCAGGGAGUGGUAUCUCAUUAUCUCAAAGGAGAUCUUCAACCAGAUGUAUGCCCUCUUCCGUACCUCACCCGGAGACAGAGUAACCUACAUCCCCAACCCAUCGUCCCACUGCAACUCCAACCAUCUCAGCUACUUCAAGUUUGUGGGCCGCAUCAUGGCUAAAGCCAUCUAUGACAACAAGCUUCUGGAGUGCUACUUCUCUCGCUCCUUCUACAAGCAUAUCCUUGGGAAGCCAGUCAAAUACACUGACAUGGAGAGUGAAGACUAUGCUUUCUACCAAGGACUUGUAUUCCUGUUGGAGCAUGAUGUCUCUGAACUUGGUUAUGAUCUGACCUUCAGUACUGAGAUUGAAGAGUUUGGAGUGACAGAAGCGAGAGACCUGAAGCCCAACGGCAGCAAUCUGAUUGUGACCGAGGACAACAAACAGGAGUACGUACACCUUGUAUGUCAGAUGAAGAUGACGUCAGCCAUCCGCAAGCAGAUCGAUAGCUUCCUAGAAGGCUUCUAUGACAUUAUCCCUAAGAAGCUGAUUGGUAUCUUCAAUGAGCAGGAGCUUGAGCUGCUGAUUGCUGGGCUGCCUACCAUUGAUGUGGAUGAUCUCAAAGCCAACACAGAGUACCACAAGUAUCAGAGCAACUCUCUGCAGAUCCAGUGGUUCUGGAGAGCGCUACGCUCCUUUGAUCAAGCCACAAGGGCCAAGUUUGUCCAGUUUGUGACUGGAACAUCCAAGGUGCCCCUCCAAGGGUUUGCAUCACUGGAAGGCAUGAACGGACCUCAGAAAUUCCAGAUCCAUCGCGAUGACAGGUCUACAGAUAGACUGCCAACUGCUCAUACAUGCUUCAACCAGUUAGACUUGCCAGCCUAUGAGACGUAUGACAAGCUUCGUCGAAUGCUCCUCUUGGCUAUUGAAGAGUGCACUGAAGGAUUUGGGCUUGCCUAGAAUCCACAGAGAUGUUGGAUGCUGGAAGACAUUUAUCUAUGACUUUUUUUUCUGAUGAAAUUAUAUAUAUGUAAACAUUUUUUUUUCCCAGUGUAAGGAGGAAGAGUUUAUGCCAGAGAUUACUGUGUUAUUAACAUUGAAUAUAUAUUUGAAGGAAGAUUUAAAUAAAGUUUUUGGGAUUUUUUUUGUUUUUGAUAGGGAUAUUAUAAGAGCCACUAGUAUGUCCAUAUAUAUCUUUCUUAACUUUGAAUUUUAUACCUUAUAUACAACAUACCAUUAUAUAGGCCGAGGUGGCCAUAUAGUUCGGUGUAUUACAAAUGGAAGAAUUAAUAUCAUCAAUAUACUUGCUGUUUAAUAGUGGCAGCAUCAUUUGUACUUAAUCUGCAUCAUAACAUGUUGUCCUUGACUGAAUUAUUGCAAGAGAGCUCUGAUACAACUUGACAGUGAUGAAAAUAUUGCAUUUUUUUUAGUUAGAAACCCGUUUCAUGGUUAAAGUUUGGUGUGUUUGAUAUGCUAUUAACCGAGGCUUUCCACUUGCAUAUCCAUUACAGCCUCUUGUGUUCCAUUUUGUUUUUCAAAUGUAAGUUUGAUAGCUUGUAUUACGGUAAAACAGAAAUACGAGGAAAGAUCCAUAACGUGUUGUAGAGGAUACCUGUUCAUUUAUCAAUCGUGAGGUAUUAACAUUCAAAUAGUUUACAUGUGUUGCUGAUUGGUAGUGAGUCAGUGUUGAGAGCUAGCUAGCAUCAAGCAGGGUCUAGAGUCUAGGUAUCCUUAAAGGUGCUUCCGUUCAUCUCAUUAAACUUGUUUCAUGUGAGAUGAUGAUUAAUGCAAGGUAUCGACUAUGCAUUUAAAGUUACAAAAACUUGUUUAAAAUAUGGACUGGACUGGAAAUUAAGAGCUCUCAUUUCACUUGGCCAGUUAUGUAGGUAAUGUAUGCGGAAAUGAAUCUUACCUGUUAGCUGCUGUUUUUUUUCCUAGUAUGACAGGUUGUCAAGCUCAAUUUUAGUUUACUAAGUCUUAAAAAAUCCAUGACUUUGACCUGAAAUUUCUGAAAACUAUAAAAUGGGACAUGAUUACUUUAGAAUUUCUUGAGCAGAUCUGUUUUAACGAGGUUUUUUAGAGGAUGUUAAAAGGCUCAUUUUUCAGAAAGAAUCAAAAUCAAAACCAAAACCAAAACUUGUCUUUAUACACUUGCAAAAAUCACUAAUUAAAAAAAAAACUAUUUGCAAGUCUGCAUACACUAUAAGGAUUCCCACUUCAGCUCAAGGCAGCAAAAUCAAAAACUGGGGGAUUCCAUCAUCAAAAUUACUAUUCAACAUGUACAUACAUGUUAACAUACAUACCAGUCACGUAGACAUGUGCGUGACACAGUCCUGAUAGAUUAUGAUUGUUAUCACCAUGAAGGCCAAUUAAUUUUGUCGGAGGAAUUUUAUGCUCAAGUAAACAAUAAAAGAUAAAAGGUGACGUGUACAUGUAAUUUAUUUUUUUCUAUCUGAGAAAUUAUAAUGAGAUGUUGUCAUGACGAAGUAAGAGUAUUAAACAAGACAUGUUUUAGGCCAGUAUAACUGUGUGGUCUUUUUAAAGCACUUCUGUUCAAAUAAAGUUGCAAGCUGAGCUCUUGAAAUUGCCAGUAAUGUGGUUUGAUUACUUAUAUUGCAUGUUUUAUUUCUCUUUACGACUUUCUUUGACUAUGCCAUGUUAUAAGCAGCAUCUAAUAUCAAGAAUUAUCUAUGACCUGACAGGAAAUAUAUGUAGUUUAUGAAAUGAUAGGUUUUGACAAAGUUGAGGAGGUUUUUUUUCCUAUGAUGUUCAUAUUAUAAGUUCUGUAUACCAGUAUUUCUCCAUGGGUGUAGUGUUUAUCAGUCAUACUUAUUGUUGAGAACAAUUUAGAUAUGUCUUUGUAUAAUAGAUAAUUUGUCAACUAUGAAUUGUACAUUUCUACGAGGAAUAGACAAGAUAGUGGGUUAUUCUGAGAUGACUUGAAAUACUUGUAUUGUUCUUGAUAUCAUAUGAUUAAUGUUUUUGACGGUAUAAAAGCUGUGAAGGGCUUGAUUUCUUUUUGUUAUGUAUACAAAAAAGUUUAAAUUCUUGCUAUAAAAUGAGAUUAAAAACAAUAUAGUAUUUGAUUAACGAACUUAAACUAAGGAAUGAUAUAUGCAUUUGAAGCAAUAACUUUAUUGCAUCAUAUCAUUAUGUUCUCAACAUAUUUCCUGAUGCGAUUGUAUUAUGUGGGGGAACGGUUCAAUGUGUUGAAUGGAUUUAUUGUUCUUUGUUCAGGAAUUGUGGAAAAUAUGAGUGUGUGUAAAAAGACAAGGAUUGUUUUCACAGACUUGUAUUCAAGGGAAACUUGAAAGUAAUUGAUGAAGAUUGUUGGAAGAUGUUUUGGGGCCUCUAGCCAUCUGUGCAAAAGAAGUUGAUGGUCAUUGCCAAUUAAAAAGAUGAAUUAUUGAGAGAAAAAUUAA